AUGGAGUUUUCAAUGCCAGGAUCUUUCCCUAUGGAAGGGAGGUCUCCAAUUCCUCCAACGAAGAUUUCAGAGGAUAUGAUGGAAGUUGUUAAUGAUGAAUAUUUAGAGAACUUCCAGAAAAGACAAAAAAUCAGUAGGAAAACGAUAAGGCAGAGCAAUCUAAUAAAUCAAUUGGAUAGUUUGAUAUAUAUCUUAGCAGGUUAUCAAUUGAUAAAAUAUUGUCAUUCAGCAAGUUUAAUACCGUUGGUCGUUUAUGUAAUAUCACAAAAAUUUCUUUGCUGUGACUCUUUCACAUCAACUGAUAGCAGUGAUAAUUUCAUGACGUUUUUGAAUCAAACAGAGAGACAAAAUCAAGAGAAUAAUGUUGAUCCCGAACCUAUAAUGAAGGUUUUCUUCAAGAAGAUUCAACAGGCAAUUUAUUGGAAAUCAUUGUUAGUGAUGAUCUAUCAUAUAGGAUUUGUAUGUUUCUGGUUGAUACCAUUAGCUAAUAAAGGGAAAUUAAAUUUAGUAGUUAAUGGUACAUGGUGGUUCGUUUCGUUUAUUGGUGAAACUAUCCCAAUUUAUGAGUCCCUAGAUACUUUCAAAGAUAGAAAUUAUAUCACCAAGAUGAUGGAUUUGGGACUUGUUGGAUUAUUAUUCUCCGAUGCAAUGAUACUUUUAAUACAAUUGAUACUAUUUCAAUCGAUAUAUAUCCAAUCCACACUUUCACCUAUGGGAAGAAAAUUAAACGGUAAAGAGAUAGAAUUAUUGAGAUUACCCAAUGAUGUUUCAACUUCAGCAGCAGCUGAUGAACUGUUGGAUUCACCUGAUGAAUCACCCUUUGCAUUACAUGUUAGACUUUAUGAAGCUUUAAAUUUGAAAUUAUUUGAUCAAUGA